GAGAAAAGGUAAUGAAAAUGGAAAAGCCUCAUAGAUACUGUCUCUUCCACACCAGUGUUGUUUCGCGCCAUCAGCAGCCUUCGCUCAGACCUCGUGUCAUAUUUUCUUGGCGACCUACACAUGUGGCUCCGUCUUGGGCCAAUCAGCUGGGUCGAGUAGCUGGCACAUUUGUAACGGCGACUGCCAUUGGCUAAGAAAAUUGGCGUUGCUCCGCCCUUCUUACUCAGCGAUGAUUUACCGGCGCGCUGGUUGGCUGCGGGGAAGCUGGGCGUGGUCAGCGGGCGGCUCGGGGGCGCACACUCACCGCGCCACCUCUGUGGUGUAAUAUUACACUUGCCGCCGCACCGUCCAUCAUUCUUUUUGCGGUCGGCUCACAGUUCGCGACUCAGGCCGUAGCGCGCGAGACAGUGACAGCCAUGAACCAGGUUCCGUCACCAACCACUGCGUCCCCGACGGGAGGUGCCACCAAGAAGGAGGACCACAUCAAACGGCCCAUGAACGCCUUCAUGGUCUGGUCUCGCAUGCAGCGGCGUAAGAUUGCUCAAGAAAACCCCAAAAUGCACAACUCCGAGAUCUCCAAACGUCUGGGCUCAGAGUGGAAGCUGCUGACGGAGGCCGAGAAGCGUCCCUUCAUCGACGAGGCCAAGCGUCUUCGCGCCCAGCACAUGAAAGAGCACCCGGACUACAAGUACCGGCCUCGCAGGAAGCCCAAGACGCUCCAGAAGAACGGCUACAGCUUCCCCCUGCCGUACCUGGCCACCUCAGCGCUGGACCCGCUCGGGCCGCUCCACCAGACCUACUACUCCACGCCCGCCGUGCCCUCGCCGCUCGACGUCGCGGGGGACAAGUCACGUCUCUUCCCUGGCGCCACGCUGCCUCACCACUUCUACCCAAGCUUUGACCCCCAGCACUUCAGCAAGCUGGCGCAGGACCACUACAAACCCAUGACCUCACUAGCGUGUAACGACUCCGCCGCCGCUGCCGCCGCCGCCAGCGUGUCUGCCGCCUCCAUGAGCGGCAUGUCUACGGUGUCAGCCCUGUACUCCUCCCUCUACUCCAAGUCAGCGUCGUCCUUGCUGUCGGGCAUGUCGGCGGGGCUGACGGGCGGGCAGCAAGGCGCCCCGCAACACCAGCUCUACCCAGGCUACCCGCCCUCCGUGGACCAGCUGCGCCGACCCGUCUCGGUGAUUUUCUGAGCCGAGUCCCCGCCUCACCACGACACACCGUAGUGCUCAGCGUGUUGUCAGUGUACAUAGUGUACAGUAGUGAACAGUGGCCGAUAUAAGCCCCGACGCUUCCGUGGCCACGCUCUCUAUGACACGAAGGACCCGUGUGUGUUGCGGCGUGGGCGUGGCGGGUCGCGGGAACCAAGCAGUGCAGCGCCACGCCAGGCCGUGUGGCGCCCAGCCCGGCGUGGUGAGGCCCUGGCGGGGCGGCCUGCGUGGCGCCGCGCCUUCCUGCGGUGCCGUGUGUUGUGUGUCAGUAGGUCGUGUCUGGCCUGUCUAGUGGCAAUGUAAGUACUCACAGAGUUUCUUUUCACGAAAUUAUUACUUGAAUAAUAAUACUUUCUGCUGAAAGGCUACAUACUUACAUUGCUCCAAGACUGUAUAUUUAAUUAACAAGUGUACAAGUGCGCCUAGACUAGUCUUUUUGAAGCUCAUCAAUAGAAUAUAUUUAACUUUGUUGUUUUAAUGUUGAAUUCUAUGUGUAAACGUACCUUUUGUACCAUGUACAUAGUCGCUGAUGUGAAAUAAUAAUCGAUAUAAGGUGAAUCCUGCUUUUAUUGGUU